UCUAGGUGUGACCGCUCCUGCUUCACACACUGAACUGCUCCAUGUUUAUAGAUAAAAACACUACAAUCAUAUAUUUCACUGUUAAAGGCCAGGCCUAGACAUUCAGAUACAGCCCAUAGCGAUUACACUUAGUUAAAUAAAUGGGUAAUUGGAUACAGAACUAUGUCCUCUCUGCAUAAAUGGCAGACUCUGAUACUCUGGGCUCCUGUCACACACGAUUUCACAAAUAUAACAGCAAAACAUUCAGACACUUGAACAGCCGCAACUAUUUAUAUAACCUGGGCAGGAGUGGGUUAAAGACUGCGGCGAAGCAAUAUGCUGAGGCUGGUCUGGUCCCAUGCACCGUCCUCAGCUAGUUAUAUCAAUUCGUCUCGGAUUUUAAGCCAUGCUUUUUUUAGAAGGGUAAAUACGCAUUCACUGGAUAUCAGUCUUGGACGUAGCAUUACACAAAUUCUAUGCCCAUUCUAUGACAACUCUCCGGGACUCAGGUUCAGGACGUCCUGCAACAGGGCAGCUGGAGUAGUUCACUUCAGAAUGGCAUCAGGUGGGGAGGGACCAGGUACCUCAUCUCCAAAACCCAAAACAUUCUCAAACCGCCUGAGCAAAGAGAAGUCACCCUACCUGUUGCAGCAUGCACACAAUCCUGUGGACUGGUUCCCUUGGGGCCAGGAAGCUUUUGAGAAAGCUAAAAGUGAAGACAAACCCAUAUUCUUGUCAGUUGGUUACUCCACAUGCCACUGGUGCCAUGUGAUGGAGAGGGAGUCUUUUGAGGAUGAGGAGAUUGGGAAAAUCCUCAGUGAAAACUUUGUGUGCAUUAAGGUGGAUAGAGAAGAGAGGCCAGACGUUGACAAGGUUUACAUGACAUUCGUGCAGGCAACAAGCGGAGGUGGUGGCUGGCCAAUGAGUGUGUGGCUUACGCCUGAACUCCGACCCUUCAUUGGAGGGACAUACUUUCCUCCCAGGGACACUGGGCGGAGGCCUGGACUGAAAACCGUUCUCUCGCGAAUUUUGGAGCAGUGGCAGGGCAACAGAGAGGCACUAGAGUCCAGUGGGGUGAGAGCGAUAGAGGCCCUCACGAAGGGAACCUCCAUUGCUGCUAAUGAAGGGCAAACACCACCUUCAGGCCCUGAUGUGGCCAACAGAUGUUUCCAGCAGUUGGCCCAUUCAUAUGAUGAAGACUAUGGAGGAUUUAGAGAAGCACCCAAGUUCCCUUCACCUGUGAAUUUUACGUUCCUACUGUCGUUCUGGGCGGUGAACCGCUCUACCUCUGAUGGUGCAGAGGCCCUGCAGAUGGCCCUCCACACUCUUCGUAUGAUGGCACUCGGGGGCAUCCAUGAUCAUGUGGCUCAGGGUUUUCACCGUUACUCCACAGAUUCCUCCUGGCAUGUGCCCCACUUUGAGAAGAUGCUGUACGACCAGGCCCAGCUGGCGGUGGCCUACAUCACAGCUUACCAGGUGUCCAAGGAACAGGUCUUUGCAGAUGUGGCUCGUGAUGUGCUGCUCUAUGUCUCUAGGGAUCUGAGCGACAAGUCUGGGGGAUUCUACAGUGCAGAGGAUGCUGAUUCUCUACCCACGUCU